AAUGUAUGAACAAUAUUGAAGCAUUGCAAAGAAUAUCGGGUUCCCGGAAGGUACUUCGGGUGCGGCUGAUUCGUUUGAAGAAAUGAAUAAAUAUGAAUAUGUCGUUUAGUGUGAAAAUUUUGGUUUUGACGAGUUUUUUGUUACUAUCUAACGUUACACAAUGCAUGGGAGGAUGUACAAUUCCGAAAAUAUUACGAGGCGCUUGGUUUUCAUGGGAAAAUGGAAGAAACACCCUUACAGAAUUGGAUGAUACAUCAAUGACUCGAAGAGGUGUGUGCGUCGAUUAUCGCGACAGGCUCCAUGUAAAUUACACCAUGGUCUUCAGGACUAGUUCGUGUUACACCUGCGUGAAACUUAUUGUAAGAACUGUUAACGUUCUCGAGAAAAUGGAAACAUCUUGCCAAAAUCUUCCGGAACACGAAGCCACGGUGGAAAGAGUCUGCAGAGCACUGGACGUGCAUCAACCACUGAUAACUUUGUUCUCCGAGAAUUAUGUGCCGGUGAAUUGCAGGUCUUCUCUUGAGGGAGUUUGGAAUUUCGCAUAUCAAAACAGGUUUAAAUUUACUGGAGAAUGCCGAAAUCCGGACGCCCAGAUUCGGUCUUGUCAAACGGCAGGUUCUCAGUUUUUGAUUACCAAUCAAAAGUUUAAUAUUACGUACAAAAAGUGCCAGGGGAUGACAGGAACUUUUGAUGGAGUGGUUGAAUACAGUUGUCUCGGUGAUUGGUUUGUGGGCAAAAAUCAUUACUUCGCCGUGGCGAACACAAAAGAGUCUCGUAAAGACGAGAAGUACCGUUGUUUCCUGAAAAAUCGUGACGACGACUUGUACAUUGGUGUAUCAAUAACUGCCGAAUGUAAUACUCUGAAAACGGUCGAAAAGAGUCCUGAAAGGCUACACAUUACUCCAGUAAAAUCUGAAGUGGUAGAACCAGGCUGUAGAUUGCCUCAAAAUUUCAGCGGUGAGUGGAUUAAUACUGCAAAUAUUGAUGCCGAUAUUUUUAUCAAUGGGACACACAUCAUUGAAACUUAUUACCCGGAUGAAGGAAGAUACCGCAGAACCAUCUAUGUUUGUCGCGAACAAAGGGAUUCAAGAGUUAUGAUGUCAAGGUUAACAGUAGAUGGAUGUCAAAAAGAUUACAUAUGUUUUGACUUUGUGCCACAACAUCACAACGUCAUCCGUUAUCGAAAGGGUAUAGCUGUUAUAAAAGACCGCUUUAGCACAGUGUGUUCUUGGGUUCAGUUCCCGAACAAGGCUAAAUGGAAAUACGAUCUUUACCUGAAGAAAAAUCCGGUUCCAAUCAAAUGUCCAGUGGCUGGAAAAUUCAAUUUUACACAAAAGGGCGACGCUCCAUUUGUCACUCGUAUUCUUGGUGGUGUGACUUUGAGUCCUCGUCCAAACACCUACUGCAAGCAGAACAUAUCUGACUUCUCAGUGUGCGACACUGAACAAAAAGAAAUUGCUAUAGAUGAAAACUAUUGUCUUUCUGUGGAUCAUUUGGGAAGGCCAGUCGAUAUUUAUAGCGAUCCCGAUUACAAAUUAAAAUGCAUUGGAUAUUGGAAAGAAAACUUAAAGUCAUAUCUUAUUACGUAUGACGAAUUGGAUCCUUUGUCCAAAUACAGAUGCUGGGUUUAUCAAAGGUCCGACCUAAAUAGAGUUUUAAUGUCUCAAGCCAUUGGGCCGUUUUGUGAUCUAAACCAGGACGUAACGUCAUGGAAUUAUACUGAAGGAGCUUCUGUUGCUCUCGAAAUGCAGGAAUACGAAAGAGAGCGUGAUCAGUGUCCAAUGCAUUUUGAUGAUGGAACAAAUCCAUGGAUGAAAACCGAAAACGUUAUUCAAAUAUUCAAUUUUGGAUAAUACAGCAGUGCUGUGAAAUAGUGUUUCGUUAUUAUUAAAUAACAUUAAAAGUAACAAAGAACGAUGAUUAUAGAAUGUAUUAUUUAUUUAGUAAACAAGGCAAAAUUGAAUGGAGUAAAUAAAUCGAAUACUUCAACA